AUGGUCGACGACGUCCCAUCCACCACAAAUCAAUUACGCCUCUCCCUCCUCGACAUUCUGUCGAACUCGAUCAUUCUGGACGGUAUCCUCCCCUAUCUAUCCUUGUCAAGCACCUUCGCCUUGGCUAGGACAUCACACGCUCUGCGAGAUUUAGUGUUGAAUGCGCCAAGAGCUUUCCGAUAUGUUGAUUUGUCGAAAUGCCGGGGAGCGUAUGUGCCGCCAAAUCUUCUGACCAGGAUAGACUCCGGCGGCCACUCUUGGCGGGCAGAGCGUAUGGAUGAGCACCUUACCGAAGACGAGUUCUACGCCGGACCACUCCGCGGCGUGUUGGGGAAGUUGAGACGGAUGCACGUGCUGCAGGGCGUCCACACUCUGGUCCUGGACGACCUCGCCUCUGUUACCGUCGACCUGAUCAACGACAUCGUCACCGCCCCCGAGUACGACGUGCGCUUGCUCAGCAUCCGGCGGUGUCUCAACAUCAACCAGCCCAAACUCCAGCAACUUCUGUGCCACCUGUGUCGGCCAGGCAGACCGGAGGGCACUCCUCGUUUGCAAGGUCUCUAUGUUUUCACGCCACCAAUAUCACCGACUCCGGAGCCCUUCGAUUAUGUUCAUGCCUUCCACUACAAUCUUGACACAAUGGGUGUCUUAGGAUAUCACGGCGCUCAGCCGGGAGCCCAACACAAGACAAACUGCGCCAGUGGCUCACGUGUCGUGGAACCAUGGUAUGCCGCCAGUGGCCAGGUCAUAUCCCAGGGCCACGCACAGCGGAGCUCCUGGGAAGAGACCCUACAGACAUGCAAAGGCAUCAUUAGCUUUGACGCUGUCCUGUGUAGUCACAUGCAUGCCGAUAUGGCACCUGUGCUCCACGUCGCUUCCCGAGACUACUUGUCAAAGAACAAACCGGGCAUCCCCCCUCUAGCGACCGUUGCCCUUGGCCCUACAGGGUGUGCCGGCUGUGGAAGGAACCCUCAUGGCGCACCGGUUUGGGGCGAGAGCGAGAUACGAGACUUUCCUCUUCUCUGGCCUCCACCGCGUUCCGGGAAACUUAUCGACGCAGUCCGACCUCCACCAUGCUUUACCGAGGACGGACAGAUCCUUCUUGCUAGAUUGAUUGUCUCGUGCACCUGGUGUCUCACCAACCGGCAUUGCGAUAGCUGCCACCGAUGGUGGUGCGCCGAUUGCUACAACCCCAAGUUGUCAAGGCAGCUUAUCACAGAUAUAGAACGGCUCUCCACCACAUCGGCUGGCUUCUUGCCCGCCAAUGCAAUCAAAGGAGGAUCCAGCGAGGGCGACCGUGUUAAGGUAUUUAAUGGUCUUUGUGUUGAAAAUUGCCUUGUCGGCGAAUGGAUGGCUGGAGCUGGAGGUGGCGGAAUGUGGGGAUAG